GUGGGUAUGGUGAGGUAGUAAAGGCUAAAAACAAACUCGAUGAAAGGUAUUACGCAAUAAAAAAAGUGCGUCUAAAUCCCAAUAACAUUGAAAAAGCCCGCAAGAUUUUGCGGGAGGUAACCACAUUAUCUCGAUUGCAUCAUCAAUAUGUUGUCCGCUAUUAUACAACCUGGAUUGAAGAUUCGGAUGGUUCUUUGAAUGAGACAGAGACCUUUAGCGAAGACAUUACUGGCGCUGUUAAUGAGUCCUUAGAUCCUGAUGAUUAUCCUGAUGACGACGAUUUUGAUUUUUUUUCUGCUGAUGCAUCCAGUAGCAGAAAAAUUAUAGGAUCAUCAUCAUCUUCUUCAGAUUCUGAAUUUGAAAUAAUGCAAGAUGAGAUAACAAGAGGAGUUGGUGUAGUAAGAAAUAAGACUGUUUCCAAAAAGACGUUGGCCAGAGAGGAGAAAUAUC